AUGCAGUAUUUCUACACGGGGUCGUCUGGACUCACAACCUUCCCAGAGUUUGUUGCUGUUGGGAUGGUGGAUGGAGUUCAGAUUAACUACUAUGACAGCAACACCCAGAGAAUAGUCCUCAAACAGGACUGGAUGGAGCAGUACAUCAGAGAUGACCCCGACUACCUGGAGAGGAACACUGGAAUCAGAAAGGGUCUCCAGCAGGUCUUCAAAGCCAGCAUUGGGAUUCUGAAAGAGAACUUUAACCAGACAGGAGUCUCCUCCUCCUCAGAGCUGGAGCCAGCGGAGGAGCCCUGCUCCCCCAGGAGGAAGAGUCGUCGUAUGUCCUCCUGCAGCUCGGAGCCCAACACGCCCAAGAGCGCCGCCAAGUGCGAGGGCAGCGUGUUCACCUUCGACCGCCCAGGGGCGGAGUCAGAGGACGUGCUGGGGGAGCUGGACCCCCGUGGCCAGAGCUCCCUGCGCCGGACCCUGGACCAGCGGCGCGCUCUCGUCAUGCAGCUGUUCGAGGAGCAUGGCUUCUUCCCCUCAGCCCAGGCCACGGCGGCGUUCCAGGCGCGCUUCGCCGACACCUUCCCCACCAAGGUGUGCCUGCAGCUGAAGAUCCGGGAGGUGCGGCAGAAGAUCAUGCAGACGGCCACGCCCGGGACGCUGGAGCUGGGGGGCGCGGCAGCCGAGCUGGCCCACCCCGCCCCCGCCCACAGCCCCCCCUCCUCCUCCUCCUCCGCCUCCACCGAGCCGCAGGGUCGCCGGGACGACGGGGGGGGGGCGGAGCCGGAACGGGAACGGGAACGGGGGCGGAGCCAGGAGGAGCCCCGAAGCGAAUGAUUGUAGACCAGAGAAUGACGAAGGAGGAGGAGGAGGAGGAGGAGGAGGAGGAGGAGGAGGAGGAGGAGGAGGAGAA